CUCGGUAAUAUUACCACGCGGAGUUACACCUGUCAGGUCAGGAUCAAAGAAUGGACUGGACUUGGUAGUAACCAUUAACCAAGGGUUUAAUAGUUUGAUGGUUUGUGGUCGCAUAAACAAGAACAUUUUUUUGCUACACCUAGUUGAAAUCGGAACUUGAAGUUUGAACUGACUAUGGACCCGAUUAGGAAGAAGAAGGUGAUCGUCAUAGGAGCUGGAAUUGGAGGUAUCGCGACAGCAGCGAGACUAGCACAAUGCGGAGUUGAAGUUUCUGUCUACGAAAAGAACGAUUUUGUGGGUGGAAAAUGUAGUAACAUCACUCACGAUGGCUUCCGCUUUGAUCGAGGGCCGUCUCUAUUGCUCAUGACUGAGAUAUUUGAGGAAACGUUUCGUCAUUUGGGAACAUCAAUGUCUUCAGAAGGUAUUGACCUUCUCAAAUGUGAUCCCAAUUGCAACUUCUGGUUUCCCGACGGCGAAUGUUUCACGACAUCUACCGAUAUUGCUCGAAUGAAGCGCCAGUUAGAGCGACAUGAUAGCCGACAUGGAUUCGACGGCUUUCUUGCCUUUCUACAAGAAUCCCACCAACAUUAUCAUCAGAGUGUGAUUCAUGUGCUGAAAAAAGAUUUCCCUGGCUUCAUCUCACUCCUGAGGCCGGCCUUUCUGCGCUACCUGUUUCGAUUGCACCCUUUCCACACUGUAUGGCAAAGGGUUUCUUACCUUUUCCAAUCGCACAAACUGCGCCAGGUGUUCAGCCUCGCCAGUAUGUAUCUUGGUAUGUCGCCAUUUGGCACACCGGGCACAUACACGCUCCUCCAAUAUACUGAGCUUACUGGCGGAAUCUGGUAUCCUCGUGGUGGAUUUAAUCAAAUUGCGCGAUCAUUGGCCGACGUAGGUAAAAGGUUGGGUGCGAACUAUCAUCUCGCAUGUCCAGUGAAGGGCAUUGCUAUCUCUUCAGAUAAGAAGGCGUUAAGUGUCUCGUUAGAUACUAAUGAGAUUAUCGAAGCUGACGCUGUUGUCGUCAAUGCCGACCUGCUCUAUGCAUACCAGGAGCUUCUCCCAUCCUACAACUCGAAGCCGACUGUCUCAAGAAAGAAGGAGGAUAUCUCAUGCAGUGCUAUUACUUUUUACUGGUCAUUGUCUGAGAAGGUACCACGACUCGAAUCUCAUAACAUGUUCGUGGGACAGCCAUCUGGACAAGAACUUCCAGAUGUAUACUGGAACCGCAAUAGAUUGUCAAAGCCCUCUUUCUAUGUUCAUGUGCCAUCGAGAACAGAUCCUUCAGCUGCACCAGAAGGGAAGGACACAGUGAUGGUCCUCAUCCUGGUUGACAAUAUCGACACAUCGAAGACUCCCAAAGAAAACGAUAUCGAUGGCUUGGUGGCAGACACGCGCGAGUAUUUACUGUCAGCUAUCGAGAAACGAACAGGAAUCGUGGGACUCAAAGCCCUAAUCGAACACGAAAGCUUUCAUUCACCACCAACCUGGCAAGAUAUGUUCAAUUCCGACCGGGGCUCUGUGUUUGGACUCAAUCACAGUUUCUUCAACAUCCUCGCUUUUCGACCGCAUAUCAAACAUGACUUCAUUGAUGGGAUCUACUUUGUCGGUGCCAGCACGCAUCCUGGAGCUGGUGUUCCAACAUGCCUGUCGGGCGCUAAACUUACUGCAGAAAGGAUCCUGCAGGACUUGGAAAUUCCUAUAGCUUGGCAAAACGGGAGCUCUCAUGGCAAGAAGGAUCUCGGCAAGACCACUGCAUCUGGCUUUUGGCGAGCUUGGCCACGAAUUGCGUUACUUGGCGUGCUGUUGUUAAUGAUCGCACUAUGGCAAAUGUGAGCUUGCCAUCCGCUUUGUUUGUGAAACGGUCUUCGGGGGUUCCAAAAGCCGAUCUUCUUGAUCUUGUUGUGAU